AUGGCAUCCUCUAGCUUUGCCAGUACCAGUAAUGCCCGACGAAGCCAUCGAAGGAGAGACAAUCCGCCCGAGAAUGUCGUCUGGCCCACGGAGUCGUCACUACUCAUCGUAGAUCUCGAGGCUACUUGUUGGGAGACCAAUCCACCACCAAAUCAGUUCCAUGAGAUCAUUGAAAUCGGUUGGGCGCUUGUCGACCUAGAGAGCGUCCCACCGCGCCAUGUUCGUAGCGGGACGGUGCUCGUCAAGCCCGUUCGCUCCGAGGUGUCACCAUUCUGUACGAAAUUGACGACAAUAACGGCCGAACUGUUGGAUUCAGAGGGUGUUUCGCUUAAGGAGGCAUUCGAGACGCUCGUGAGCGACGUCGGUUCAAAAGAGUACUCGUGGUCAAGCUGGGGUGCUUAUGACCGAAAUAUGAUCAAACGCCAAUGCAAAGUAUUUGGAUUGGAAUCGCCAUUCUCUCCUAUUCAUUACAAUAUCAAGGAUCUUUUCAAGGAGCUGUAUCCAAACUUGAACGGAGGGUAUGGCAUGACAAACGCAUUUGCGGCUGUCUGCGAUGGUCCCAUCGAGGGGACUCAUCACAGAGGUGGUGAUGAUGCUAAAAACAUUGGGCAAGACAAUACUCGGUAA